UGAAUUCGGUUAACAUGCAAAGAGUUUCAUCAUAUGUUCACUAUAUUGUGUGGUUUGAGUCAGAUCUUUCUGCAGGAGAGGUCAUUACUGCCCGUGAAGGAGUGCAAAAUUUAGGCCUAUGCUCGGCGCUUACGGCCUUUGAGCAGGGAGGGAUCUUUAUCGUGCCACACCUGCCGUGACACGAGACCUCGGUUUUUGCGAUCUCAUCCGAAAGACCGCCCCAUAUAGUCGCAUCUGACGACAAGCAAAGGGAAGUGAGGACUUAUUCUAACCCGGAUCCCAUAUAGUUUUACGCAAUAUAUUUAAAAAUAAUUCAUUUUACUCUAAAAGUACUUUGGACCUAAACUCUAGUAUGGAUAUAGCAGAACAGUUUUAUAGUAUAUAAAAACAACUAUCUGUGCACUUCGCACCCUAUGAGAUCACAACGAAAAAGUACGUCACGACGUACAUCUUACAAUUCAUGUCUAUAUGGUGUCGUUCUAUUGAUAGACGUUAUCAAGUGAUAAGCCGUAAACGUGAAAAAAUUUCUUGUCAAAUAAUAUAUUAUUUCAAUUUCGUAUAAAAUCACUCAACAUUUUUAUAUUUGCGCGAAGGUCAUAAUUCACAUUGUGACCUUGAAAUCGCCCCUCUAUUUUCUCCCGAUCCCGAUCAUCACUACGUUAUGUAAGAAAAUCUAAUUUACAUAAUGAUUGCGAGCAGAGUGUAAAGGAGUGACGAUAUACGGUGUAUGGUGGUGUAUAAAGUGUAUAUAUAUUUAUAUUCCUGUUACCAAAGGAAAAGUUAGGACACACUUCUGACACAUAAAGAAACCCCCCUUUCUGCAUUUGAUUAUGUCUGGCAUACUCUUGAAAAUGAAAAAAGAGUAUCCUGCAUUAGAUGCAUUUUAAAUUUCCCUUUAUCGGAGCACUUGGUCUCUCUAUAGAUCUGGGUUUUUACUAUAUCAACUAUAGGAAGUCUAACAAUUGUUCAUGAAAAAGUGAAGAUAAUGAACAAUCUUAUAAUGAUUACACAAUUGAGAGUAGGGUAAACACGGAUCCUUGUUAAAGUAAAUAUGAGUGGUGGCAACUGCGGUGCCAGUAGUCGUGUUCAUGAGAAUGUGAGGGGUGGUAUGUGGUACAUAAUUGGUGGUAUAUGGUGUUAGUGAAAAUUUGGUUGGUAGUGUGUGGUGUUAACGAAAAUGUGAACGGUGUUAUGGUGGUGAAACAUGCAAACUAAUAAAACUAAAUCAAUUUCUUUAAUUAAUAUUAUGGAAAGAGACCUAUAUAGAUAAUAGUGUGAGUAGUGUUAAAGUUUCCAAAGUCAAGGGAACUGGUGUGCCGAUAGUGGGGAGUAGGUGUUAUUUAGCGUAUAAGCGGUAGUGUGUGGUGUACAAGUGGUGAUAUGUGGUGUUAAUAAAAUGUGGGUGGUAGUAUGGUGGUGACACACAAUCUAAUAUCGGUAGAUCAAUCUCUUUCAUUAAUAUUGUUAUGCUAAGAAAUACAUAAGUUGGGACCUAAAUGGGUAGUGGUGUGAGUUAUGUUAAAGACGAUGUAAGUGAUGGCAUGUGGUGUGCCAGUAGUGGUAUACAGUUGGUGGUAUGGGGUGUAUAGGUGGUGGUAUGUGGUGUUUGAGUGGUGGUAUGUGGUGUAUAGAUGGUGUAUGAGUGGUGGUAUGUGGUGUAUAGGUGAUGGUAUGUGGUGUUAAUGGAAAUGUGAGUGAUUGUAUGGUGGUGACACAUGCAAACUAAAAACGGUAGAUCAAUCUCUUUCAUUAAUAUUGUCAUGUCCAGAAAUGCAAAACUAUAUAGGUAAUGUUGUGAGUAAUGGUAAAGAAGAUGUAAGUGAUGGCAUCUGGUGUGCCAGUAGUGGUGUACAGGUGGCGGUAUGGGUUGUAUAGGUGGUGGUAUGUGGUGUUUGAGUGGUGUAUAGGUGGUGGUAAGUGGUGUAUGAGAUGUGGUGUGUAGGUGGUGGUAUGUGGUGUUAAUGGAAAUGCGAGUGGUGGUAUGGUGGUGUUAAUGGAAAUAUGCAUGGUAGUAUGAUGGUAAUACAUGCAAACUAAUAACGGUAGAUCUAUCUCUUUCGUUGAUAUUGAUAUGUAAAACUAUCAAUUCUCAGACCUGUAUAGGUAGUGGUGUGAUUGGUGUAGAACAAAAAGGUAUUAAAACACAUGUGUUAGCAUCUGAUGUGGCAUUAGCUGUGUGAAAAUGGUGUUUAUGGAAAUGUGAAUGGUGGUACGUGGUGUAUAAGUGGUGGUAUGUGAUGUUAAUGAAAAUAAUGGUUGUGGUAUGUGGUGUUAACGAAAGUGUAGGUAAGGUGUAUGUGUGAUGUUCACGAAAGUGUGGAUGGUAGUAGUUGGCUGGUUAUUUCACGUCUCCCGAGAAAUUUUCACCCUUAUAUACACCACUUGUGGAUGAAAUACUAUGCUUGGUGGUUCUACCCGUAGCAUUGAUGGCUCUUUAGCCUGCAAACGCCUACCACCAAAAGGCCUUCCGAAAGACCCGUAAAUGCGGUGCAUCUGGAGGACCAAUCACUACCAAUGUUUACGUCUGAGGUUGGCGAUGGCAUGAGGAGGAAUCGAAUUCAUGAACUUCUGGUUAGGAAACAAACACUCUAUCAUUGAGCAAUGCGACCGGUAAUUGCGUGGUGGUGGUGGUGGAAACAUAUAAAGAACCUAAAAUCCAGGAAUUAUUCAUUCACUUUUAUGCAUUCGAGCAGUUAACAUGAUUGAGUGUUCAGAGUGUCAUGGUUUAUUUUCUCGCAGAGAUGCCAUGAUGCGUCACAAAAGACUAAAACACGGGGACAGCGAUCAGGAAGAGGAUAUUGACAUGAGUGAUGUCUCUCCAACACAGAGUGAUACUGACAGUGACGCAGAGGAAGAGAAUAUCGUCUUUCGCCAAAUGGCACAUAAAGCGCGAAAACAUAUUGCCGGGGAGUGGCAGAAGAGAUACGAGAAAUACUUGAACCAAAAUAUGUCAGAAAAGAAAGCUAGUAAGAAAGCAGACGAAAAGACCAAAGGAGAAACUUACCAACAGUUUAGAAAACUGUAUGAGCGGUUCCUUUACGAUCAGUAUCAGUUGCAAGAAGACACAACGCACGAACAGGUGACGGACGCCAUCGAUGAAUUUGUGUCUGACAAUCAUGGAUUAAAGAAAUCCAUCAAGAUGGCUCUUCUCAAACACAAAUAUCUACUUGAAUCUUAUCUAGAUAAGUAUGACAAUGAUGAAGACGAGGAGGAUGAAGAUGAGGAGGAGGAAAACUAACCGUUGCGACAUAAUCACACCACUGUAUAACGAGAAACACCGUCUUUAAAAACUGAAUUCAUUCAAAUAUUGACCUGCAUCUACUUGAAGGAAAAAGCUACAUCAAAUGACAUUUUUCAUCUAAAAUAUGCAAUAAAUAAAAGUUGUAAACCUACAAAAAUGUGUUAUUUUUUAUGACACGGGUAUUACGAAGCGAACUCACAUAAGAUACUUUACAAGAUAGGCACCAGUAUGAAGAGACGGGAGUUGGUCAUUUUCAUCAUUUAAGUCAUCAUGGCUCAACGUGAAGGGUUUUAUUUUACCCUUCCCAGUGAUGGGUCUAAGGAAUCCUUUCCGAGCAAUACGGCAGCUCAGUUUAAAAUCUUAUUACCCCAAUCCCUGGAUUUGACGGACGGGGAUUGGGAAGUCGGUUUAACCGAAAUGAUGUUUCCCAAUGCCUUGAAAAACAUCACAGUGGAAGAGGCUUAUUUCGAUAUCCUCGUCCCAGAAGAGUACCUUAAACACGUCAAAAAUCCGGAUAUUUUCAAAUGGGGACGAUUUCGACUGGAAAAAGUCAAGCUGCUUCCUUUGAGGCAGUGCCCCGUACUGGUCGAAUGGCCCAAUACCCCCUGGACUCAAAUCAUCGAUAGCAAGAUGGCUAUCGUCCGAAUUCACUUCAGACCCGGAGCUUACGUUCAUUCCGCGGCUUUAAUCGACGAAAUCAACGAAGGACUGGCAGGAAGUAUGAAAAAGAUAUGGAAAACGAUGGGUAACCCCAAAGAUGAGAGUUUCAUGAAAUUAGUUAAUUUCGAAAAAUACGAGCGAAUCAUGUAUCAGUUUAAAGGGAAAGCACUCAAAAAAAUCCCCUUGUGCGUUCGCUUCCCCACAUCCUUAGCUUACAUGCUCGGUAUGGAUAGUCAGAAACUCAUCCUGCCAAACGAACUGGAGACCAAAUGGAUCAACGUGACUUACUUGGGGAACAAUACCACGAAUGUGUACGAAAAUCUGAAAUUCAUGUACGUGUAUUGCGAUGUCGUGAACCCUCAAGUGGUGGGGUCCAACAAAUUGAAAUUAUUAAGGGUGGUUCCUUGUACGUUUCACCUGGUGGACGGACAACAAGCCAAAUGGGAACCCAUCAGGGCCGAAUAUUUGAAACUGAGUAAAAAACAUUUCGAUACCAUCGACAUUCACAUCAUGACCUCUCUGGGGACCCCCAUGCCCUUUUUAAAUGGUAGAACACUGGUGAAACUUCAUUUCCGAAAGGUGUAUUGAAGAGAAAAGUCGAGUUAUGAUGAAGUAUCAUCGCGGAGUCAGGCGUCAGAAAGGACACGGAAUAUUUUCCAUUCUCCUCCCUAUGGUUGUUAGUGCCAUAUCCGGAGCCGUCCAAGGGGGUAAAGGAAAGAAAAGAAAAAAGAGGCGUCGUACAAAGUAUAAAAAGCGUGUUUAACAACCGACAGUCUCCCCAAGAGUAUCCUAAUGGGUUAUUACAGUCUAAUACACGAAAAAGCGAAUUUAACGACCAAUGAUCAAUCUCAUAACCCCCAUAAGCAAUACAAAAUAGAUAGUUGGGCAAACACGGACCCCUGGACACACCAGAGAUGCGAUCAGGUGCCUAGGAGGAGUAAACAUCCCCUGGCGACCGGUCACACCCGCCGUGAGCCCUAUAUCCUGAUCCGGUUAAAGGAGUUAUCCAUAGUCGAAAUCAGUGUGCCAAGAACGGUCUAACAAUCGGUAUGAAAUACGUCAGAUAGCAUUUGACUAUCUAACGUAUGAGAGGUCUGCUCAGCUGACAUUAGAUACUCACCAGUGAAAAUGGUUCAGGCCAUGCAUUGCCCUGUCAGAAAUCUAUUUAUUCCCCGAACUAGCCUGAGGAGAGAGCUGGGAAUACCCUCAAGACCCAAAGAAGAAAAAAGUUUUUCAUUAUCUAUAUCACCUCAGUAUUGGGAACAGAAUCAUUGAAUUGAACAGGUCACCAAGCACAUGGCUAUCCUUGAAAAAAAAAAAGUUGGAGGAACGAGAUCCAACCAAACUCGCAGCAUCGAAAAAUAACAACCGCUGGUACAUCUGUAGUGAAAUGGAGCAUUGAUCGCUAGGUUUCCCCAUGUACCCUGUUACAAAUGCGGACAGUUAGGACCCUGGAUAAGUGACUGACAGCCACUAGAAAUCGAAGUAAUGACUUUUGCAACGAGGUGAACGAGCCAUCAACACCCUGGAACCCCUAAAAAGAAGAGAGAACUUGUGCGAUUGCGUUCAAACUGUAUGACUUGUGUCCAUGUGUUCUUAUAAUGGUUUUAAAAAUUGCAUGUUCAAUAAAAUGUAAAAUAUACAAAUUGGUUUAUCUUUGA